AUGGUUCGCGCAAAGAUGUUGCAUGGCGAAGCUAAGCAAGCCGUAGCUGUUCAUCUCUAUCUCGAUUACCGAGAAGGUGGAUUGAACAUAGGAUCAAACGCACGCCACAAGGAUAUGAGUGUUGCUCGUAGUAGCACGGUGAAGGAGCCAAGAGCCCAUCUCGAAGGCCAUGAUUUGCCUGCUGACUUCAAACUACCUGAUCUCGCCCUGGUUCGCGAGGAAGCUGCAUAUGUUCAAGAACUUAUGCGAAAGCCGGAACCCGAAGCAAUACUCGGUCGAAACUCCCAAGGCCAGGACGUCGGUAUUCUUCCUACAGCGUUGAUCUACAAUACAAUACUUCCAAACCUGUUUCAAUUCAGUUAUUUCUGCAACGUAGUUGACGUUCCAUCCGAUAUUCUUCUGCAAUGUGUUUGGGCACUGGAAUGGUUCAUUCGCGCCCUGAAAGAAUGCUCAGAGGAUCAGUUGAGGAGUGUCGGACACAUCCUUCCCAAUCAGCAAGGCGAAAUGGCUGAUUUUGCUAGAUAUUUUGCGCUCUCCAAUGCCAGAAAUAAGGUGGCGCACCAUUUACUAGGGCCCCAAAUCGACCGUCCGAUCGAAGCUCUGCGUCAUUCACGAGAAGCUGUUCAGACGGAUGAAAAACGCUGUGUGGAGAGUACCGGUAUCUCUAAUGUUGCGAAAUUAAAUCCAGUAUUAUAUGGCAAUUAUGCAGUUUCCCUUGCACGAGCCAGGACAGAUGACAAAGAAGCAAAGAAAGCAUUGUCACGCCUUGUGAACGAGUCAAACCUCACCACAUUUUCGACUGCCACUUAUAAUGUGAUUAGAGGGAAAGUCUAUCUUGCUCGUGUACUUCGGAGACUAGGAGAAACAAAGCAAGCUGGUGAACUGGAAACCUGGUUGAUCAAAUGGUUCAAAAAAAAUCCUCACAAAAUUACGGACCUAAUGAUUGUUGAGAUGUUUACUACCGACCUUGAUCAGGAGACAGACCCGGUCUUGAAAGGCCUUGGUGGUGUAAAAUGGAUCGAAGACAGGAAACACACACAGAAAACCGACGAACGUCUCUACAGGGCCUGUCGAAACUGUCAUGCACGUGAACCUCAGGUGAAACUCGCUCAGUGUGCUCGAUGCCAACACAUCUAUUAUUGUUCUAAGCAGUGCCAAAAAGUCAACUGGCCCUAUCACAAAGAAGUAUGCAAGGAAUUUGCCGCGCACCUCAAGAAGAUAGCAGAGCUCUCUCGCACCGCUCCUCUGGAAGCUCAACGUGCAAGUGACUGGCAUAUCUGGAGAGAUGCGCCCCAGAAAGAGUGCACAAUACACUUUGCUAGCGCUCUCGAACUAGAACGAGAUCCUUCUCGUGGCCGUACCCACAUUGUUUUGCAAAUGGUCGAGCAUGUUCCCAAUGCCAAAAAUGUGCUUGAUAGAUUCAAGCCCGUUGCCGUUGGCAUUUUCAAGUUGGCGGAUAUAUGGCAGGACUUUGAAGUCUUCAUGGGACUCAAACCUGGUGAAGGAAAAGGCCUCAUUGAUGAGGUACUAGAAGAAUUUGACCAUGGGCCCGGAAAUGGUUUAGAUGGAGACGUGUCGAUUCCAGUCCUUUGUCUGAUGUUUUCGCUAUUUGGUGAAAUCGACACGUACCUGAGUUCUCAUUGUGUGACAAUGGAUCACAUGAAGAUGGCUCGAUACAACCCUGAAUGGAGGAAGGCCUUGUAUCCCAGUGCUCCUCCAAUUCACUAUGAGCUGCCAAGUGGCGUUAAGGAAGCUGAACAUAUAUUCUGA